UGCACCGACUCCAGACUCCAGAGGCGUGGAUUCCCAGCACUGUAGCCUCCUUAAGGAUAAAUAGGCUCUUUGCCUUAACUGUACUGUACCCCACUGUGCCGACAAAUGUAGUGCUAGCCUUCUGUUUUGUCGGCACAGAAAAAGAUGUGCCGUCUCGUUGCUUCUAAUAAUAGCCAAUCUUAUUUUUACCACACCGACGCCUUAUUGCAUUAUGGAUGCCUCUGGAAUGGUGUCCCUGCAAGAUAGCGUGGGAAUAUCUCAGUAGAGGCUGUGACUCUUCAUCUCAGGGCUAAAUGCUCCAGCAUCCCGCCUAUAGCUGCAUCUCGUUUACCGCAGGCUGUUACUGUGUCAUGGCUGUAGUGUGAGGAAACACUACUGUUCAUGGGGAUGCGUCUCAGUGAUCCGCUGCUGUAAGACUUUAUUCUCUGCAUGCCGGAUUCAAGUGUUGAGGGGCGCUAUGCGGGAGUAUAAGGUGGUGGUGCUCGGCAGCGGCGGGGUGGGGAAGUCCGCCCUCACCGUCCAGUUUGUCACCGGGACAUUUAUAGAGAAGUACGACCCGACCAUUGAAGAUUUCUACAGGAAGGAGAUCGAGGUGGACUCCUCGCCGUCGGUGCUGGAGAUCCUCGACACAGCCGGCACCGAGCAGUUCGCCUCCAUGAGGGACCUUUACAUCAGGAACGGCCAAGGCUUCAUCCUGGUCUACAGUCUGGUCAACCAGCAAAGUUUUCAGGACAUCAAGCCCAUGAGAGACCAGAUCAUCAGGGUGAAACGGUAUCAGCAGGUGCCGGUGGUGCUGGUGGGUAAUAAGGUGGACCUGGAGGAGGAGAGGGAAGUGUCCCCCAGUGAGGGCCAAGCGCUGGCCGAGGACUGGGGCUGCCCCUUCAUGGAGACGUCAGCCAAGAGCAAGACCAUGGUGGACGAGCUGUUCGCCGAGAUCGUGAGGCAGAUGGAUUUCUGCCCUCUGCCGGACCGGAGAGAGGCGUGCUGCCCCGCCUGUAGCGUACAGUAGCAGCCUGCCGGAGGGGUGAUGGAUGGGGGGCUGUCAGAAACUGGGAUGCGAAUGAAUUCAUGUGAGAUAGAUUGAGGAUGGAGGGGGGUAAAGGAAAAAUCCACUCUUUCUAGGCCUCUGAUCAAGAGGCGUUCUGAGAAAUGUAGGAAAUCCCUAACUGAAGCAAAAGAAGAAAAUUUAAUUUCAACAUACAUCACUCCUCGGACACAGGGUGGAUUUUUCCCUUGAAAGAACACAACACUCAACCUCCCACGUUCAUCACCGUCCUCCUGAUCAACAGGAGCAAACAAUGUUCUGGGUUUCCCAAAGGCAGCACGGUGCCAAAAUCAUCUUAAAAGCCAUCAACAAAGAGGAUCAUAGUGCGAAGCGCUGUUUGGGAAACCAGCCAUAGGUCAAAGCAGGGAUGGCAGUGUGCUCCGCGGUUCUAUCGGUCCUCUUUUCUUCUGCUUGUGUUUUAAUUUUUUGCACUUUUGGGACGCUUGACAGUGCGAGACCAGUCACCAAGUAUCUGAACGGAUGUCAAGUAACACCACUGUGAAGGAGUCAUACUGGGAUUUCACAGCAGGCCCGCCUAACUACGAAUGAAUGAAUAGAUGGACGAAUGUUCAAAAAAAAAGAAGAAAAAAAAAAGGAAACCGCACCUUUGGGGAAAUUCGUGACGAAGAUCCCAAAUGUUGACAUGCUGUGGAUGACGUGUGCAUGAAGUCGUACUGUCAAACUGACAUUGAGUACAAUCAAUCUCACCCAAAGAGACAGUAUCAAUCAAUCAGUCAUCGAAACAUAUGGACACUUAUCUUUACACCUUACAGACGAUACAAAUGCCUUGUUACAUUGUAUGACGUGAACAUCAGUGUCAGUGUAUAGUUCAUUUAUCUUAAAUCACAUCAGAUAUGUUAGUGGUUCAAUGUGAGAAACACUUAUUUUCAACAAAAAAUAAACCUUUAUGCACAAA